GAGCUGGGGACAGGGGGCGGGAUUAGAACCGACUGGGCUGGGCUGGGACUGGGAGAUAAAUGCUCUUUGCUGAGGUGACCCAGCUCUGGGAGCUGCGCUUUUUCUUGCUGUAAAUCAGGAAUUCGUUUACCAAAAUGUGGCGGUUCUUGGCCACUCUGUGCAGUCUGGUUGUACUGACCAGUGCUCGGAGUACAUUGUCCUUCCCUCCUCUUUCAGAUGAAAUGGUCAACUAUGUCAACAAGCUCAAUACUUCAUGGAAGGCUGGGCAUAACUUCCGUAAUGUGGACAUGAGCUACGUCAAGAAACUCUGUGGUACCAUCAUGGGUGGAGCCAAGCAACUACCUCAGAGAUUGAUGUUGGCUGAUGACAUGAAACUACCAGAAAACUUUGAUGCACGGGAACAGUGGCCAAACUGCCCAACCAUCAAAGAAAUUCGAGACCAGGGCUCCUGCGGCUCUUGUUGGGCAUUUGGAGCUGUGGAAGCCAUUUCUGACAGGAUCUGUGUGCAUACUAAUGGUUAUACCACUGUAGAAGUGUCUGCUGAGGAUCUGCUUAGCUGCUGUGGAUUACAGUGUGGGGAAGGAUGUAAUGGUGGCUAUCCUGCUGGAGCUUGGAAAUAUUGGAUCAAGAAAGGCCUUGUAUCUGGUGGCCUUUAUGACUCCCAUGUGGGCUGCCGACCUUACUCCAUUCCUCCUUGUGAGCAUCAUGUGAAUGGUUCCCGCCCUGCCUGUAGUGGAGAGGGAGGAGAUACCCCUAAAUGCAACAAGAAGUGUGAAGCAGGCUAUUCUCCUGACUACAAAGAUGACAAACACUAUGGAUCAACCGCUUACAAUGUACCCUCAAGUGAGAAGGAAAUCAUGGCUGAGAUCUACAAGAAUGGUCCUGUAGAGGGAGCUUUUAUCGUGUAUGCUGACUUCCUUCAGUACAAGUCUGGAGUAUACCAGCAUGUGACUGGAGACAUGCUUGGAGGCCAUGCCAUUCGUGUCCUAGGCUGGGGUGUGGAAAAUGGUAUUCCUUACUGGCUGGCUGCCAACUCCUGGAACACAGAUUGGGGUGAUAAUGGUUUCUUUAAAAUCCUUCGUGGAAAGGAUCAUUGUGGAAUAGAAUCUGAAAUGGUGGCUGGAAUUCCCCGAACAGAGCAAUAUUGGAAGAAGAUCUAAUCUGCCAUUUGUCCAAUUUAAUUUUUUUAAAAAGAAAGAAAACUUGAAAAUGGGAAUAAGGUGAAUGGGGGGAGGGAAAGGAAUAUUUUUAAAAGACUGGAGCUAGAGAGACAUGCUCUAUUAUUCAUAUUUUCUUUAAAUGGGAAGGUUGAGAUUUUAGACAAAUUGGACCUUAAUUUGGUUGAGCCAAAUUCUUGCAGUCUUCCAGCUCCAUCCAUAAUAUAGGUACAUACUUCUUGGUCUGGCUCCACCUAAUAAUGCAUGCCAUUUCAAGUUUUAAGUAAUUCUGUGAAUAGCACAUAACACUGCUGGUAAAAUACUAGAGACCUAUGAUGCUUUCUUUUAAAAAAGUCUGUUCUUAUGAAUGUCUCCCAAUUCCCAGUUGUCAUGACUUCUGCAAUUCCUUCUCCCUCCCCCUCCAACCACCACCAAUCUUUUGCAGUCUGAAAUAGCCAGGAACCAACAAACCAACAAUGAUUCAAGGGAAAGGUGUUUUUUUUUAAUUUUGGUUUUGUUUUUAAGUUUUAUCCCACAGGAAUGAGGGUUUGGUUUUUUUUUUUUUUUAAUUUCUUGAGCAGGAAGGAGGUAGAUAUUCUCAGAAAUCAAUUUGACUCCCACAUAAUUUUGUGGGGGGAAGGUCCUCAAGGCUUCAGCAUCUUAAUGUGUCCCAGUUCUAUUAACAAUCCCAUAUUAUGCUUACUUGUCCUUAGACCACUUUUAGUACCAGUCAACGUGAACCAAUCAAGCUUUGCAGUAUUGCACAUACUUUUUUGUGAAGAGAUACCAAUAAAUAUAUAAAUCUCUAUUUUUGUUAGUAUAUCUUGGUUGAUCAUACAAAGAAUUGCCAGGAUCACUUGUACUCAAUAGAUUAAGUUUGAGCCUAUCGGAAAAAAAAGCUGGAUAGGUAAUAAUCUUUCCCUCACUACUCCAUCCCAAAGGCAAUAUUCCCUCUGCUGAUGUCUCUGGGAAAGGUGGAAGAUGAACAGGACCCUUCUGGCCAUAAGAGAAACAAGCUCUUACUGUUCUUUAACCUUUAAAGCAAUUUAACCUUGAUAUUGUUUUUUAGUGACUGAAAUGAAACCCACAACCCUUGUGCCAAUAAAAAAUUUCUCUUACUUUUUUUUUUCUUUCUUGGUGAAUAAUUGGGGGGAGGGAUAUGGUAUUUCUCCUGAAACUAAAAAGGGCUUUAAGUAAAGCCAAGGAUUCUUUUGUUUUGUCUUUUGGCAGUCUCAAAGCCCAAGAAUUACUCUCAGAAUUUCAUUUUCAAAUACAUAAAAACAAUUUUUAAAAAACA